AACGAAAUAGAAGUCUCAUAUAUAAGGAUUUGAAAUAGACACGUAGAGGAUAGUUGGUAGAGUUACUGUGGUGUUAGUACUACAAUAUUGUCAGUAAUUUCUGAAGUCUGUGUGUCAAGUGUUGCCUUAAGGGAUAAGGUUGGAGGAUUGAUAAUCAUGAUUCUGAUCAAUCUAUUGCUCUUCAUCGGUCUCUUGGUUGGUAAUCAGUGUGCCUAUUCACCUCCUCGCUCUCCAGGCUCUUCAAUAGAUUAUGAAGAAUACUUUGCAUUUCCAUCCUCUCCACGAAUGAAUCCGUGGGAGGCAACAGAAAGACAAGGAUCGUCAUCAUCACAUCAACCGAGGUCACCACAACAUCCGAGUUCAUCACAACAACCGAGUUCAUCACAGCUACCGAGUUCAUCACAACUACCGAGUUCAUCACAACAACAGCCAAUGUCACUACCAGCACAACACCAGAGGUCACCGUCACCAUCACAGUGGUCACCACCACAACAGUGGUCACCACCACAACAGUGGUCACCACCACCACAACAGUGGUCACCACCACCUCAACAAUGGUCACCAUCAGUACAACAGUGGUCACCACUACCAGAACAGUGGUCACCCCCACAACAUCCGUUGUCUCCACCACCACAACAUCAGUCAUAUUAUCCACCACCACAAGAACAGUCGUAUCAACAACAACAACAACAACAACAACAACAACAACAACAACAACAACAACAACAACAACAACAACAACAACAACAACAACACCAACAACACCAACAACAACUACUACAACAAGAACACCAACAACUACUACAACAACAACACCAACAACAACAACUAUUACAACAACAACAGCAUCUACUACAACAACAACUACUACAACAACAACAACAACAACAGCAACACCAACAACAACUACUACAACAACAACUACUACAACAGCAACAACAACAACAACUACAACAACUACAACAACAGUGGUUACAGCAACAGUGGUUACAACAACAGUUUCAACCACCAACUUAUCAACAACAUCAACAGUGGAUACAACAACAACAACAACAACAACUGGAACAACAACAACUAGAACAACAACAAGCGCUGAAUUUUCGAAAGAUACCUCGAACUACAGAUAUGGAUGUAUUCUUGAUCAUGGAUGCUAACAGAGAUGAAAUAGUGACUAUAGCAGAAUACGCCCGUUUCUUGGACUUAGCUGCCACACAACAAAGAUCCAUUUUCAAUUAUCGCUACAUCAGGACACGCUUGAACAUGGCAUUCAAUGGAGGAAAACAAUAUAUAACGAGCGAUGAUAUUGUCGGGUAGGCUAUGCUUUAUGAAAUAUA